UUUAAACUCAAGGUGGCGGGCGGAGGGUCGGCUCCCAGGCGGCACCGCGGCCCUCCCGAUGACGUCACCCCGGCGCGGGCGGGGCUUGGCCCGCGGCAGGAAGUAACGUCGAGACGGCGCCUGGCGACCGGGGCAAACUGCGGACUCUCCUGACCUGGCGGCAUGGCUGUGUCGGUGCUGGCCCGCGGAUUGGGGGGCCUGUCCCUGUCCCCGCUGCCCCGUCUGGCCGUCCGGCUGCUGUCCCAGACGACGGUGGGCUGGCUGCGACCCCCGGGGCCGGCCCUCACCUCUCUCCAGUCCGGGCGAGGGAUUCACUGCUCCGUCACCCUGAGCAACAACCGGCGGGACUGGAAGCAGCGUGACAAGUACACCGUGCGUCCCAUUGGCAUGAGGAAAACUGGAGGCCGGGACCACACUGGGAAGGUGCGGGUGCACGGCAUCGGCGGGGGCCACAAGCAGCGGUACCGGAUGGUCGACUUCCAGCGGCUGCGCUGCCUCCCCGGGGCUGAGGGGCAGCCCUUCGAGGAGAGGGUGCUGGAGGUGCGCUACGACCCCUGCAGGUCGGCGGACAUCGCCCUGGUAGCCGGGGGCACCCGGAAGCGCUGGAUCAUCGCCACCGAGAACAUGCAGCCCGGAGACCUGCUGAGGACCUCGGGCCACAUUGGGAGGAUGGCCGUGUCGGCCCGUGAGGGAGACGCGCACCCGCUGGGAGCCCUUCCCGUGGGAACGCUGGUCAACAGCCUGGAGCUGGAGCCAGGCCGGGGGGCCCAGUACAUCCGGGCCGCAGGGACCUGUGGGCUGUUACUGAGGAAGGUGAACGGGACGGCCAUCGUCCAGCUGCCCUCCAAGCGCCAGGUUCAGGUCCAGGAGACGUGUGUUGUGACGGUAGGCCGAGUCUCCAACGUUGCCCACAGCCAGCGGGUGGUGGGGAAGGCCGGCCGCAACCGCUGGCUGGGCAAGCGGCCGAGCAGUGGGCUGUGGCAGAGGAAGGGCGGCUGGGCGGGCAGGAAGAUUCGGCCCAUCCCUCCCAUGAAGAGCUACGUGCAGCUGCCUGUCCGGGGGUCCGCGGCCUGAUGCAGGGGGUGGCCCCCAAAUAAACCACUUCAGCACGA